GCUUAGCUAUAGGAGACGUAAUCCUUAGGAGACAGCUUGUUUACAUCAUGGCGUCGGUGGAUUUCAGAGACAACCUUCUCGGGAUAUCCUGGGUGGACAGCAAUUGGGUACCAGGUCUUAGUCCUGGAAAUGUGCUGGAGUACUUCUCUGACAGAAGCAACCCCUUCUAUGACCGAACCUGCAAUAAUGAGGUAGUGAAGAUGCAGCGGCUUACUGUGGAUCAUCUGAAUCAGAUGGUGGGAGUUGAAUACAUCCUCCUUCAUGCUCAGGAGCCAAUUCUUUAUAUAAUCCGUAAACAACAGAGGCACACACAGACACAAGUCGUUCCUUUGGCCGACUACUACAUCAUAGCUGGAGUCGUGUAUCAGGCCCCAGACCUGGGAACAGUUAUUAGCUCCAGAGUGCUUUCCGCUGUGCAUGGAAUCCAGUCUGCUUUUGAUGAGGCCAUGUCAUAUUGUCGCUAUCACCCAUCCAAAGGAUACUGGUGGCACUUUAAGGACCACGAGGAGAGAGAAAAAGCCAAACCAAAGACUAAGAAGAAAGAGGAGCCUAGCUCUCUGUUUCAGAGGCAUCGUGUUGACACGCUCCUUUUGGACCUCAGGUCCAAAUUUCCACCAACUUUCUAUCAGCCUAAGCCUGGUGAGAAGCCUAUUCCAGUUGAGGUGAAAAAGGAGCCUGAACCUCCCACAGAAACAGUGAAGCAAGAGGAGAGGGAGCAGGCAACCAAGUCCUCUGCCCCAGCUCCACCAAACAAACCGCCUCCUGAGAAAAGACCAAGACUACAGUGACAGAUAUUCUCCUUACACUCCAGGAAAAUUGAGCACUUCUCUGAGAGUUCUUCAGCACUCACUGGAAUAAUGACUCGAGACGUUAAUGUUUCCUUCUCAAAACUGAAAGACGAUCUGCGUCUGUGCUCAUUUGAUCAGUUUAUAGAAUACUGAGAAUAAAAAAGCGUCAGUUGUUUGUGUCAGUGUCAAGACUACUUUUACACUGCAGCAUUAGUCUUGUACUCUUGAUAGGCUUCAGGCAGCUGCAGCACAAACAAGUGAUUCAAAGUGGAGGAUUUUUUUUUUUUUUUUUAUGAUAAGCUGACAUCAGCAUCUGUGUCAGCUUACUGUUGACAUCAUCUUAAUGUUUUUUGUUGUAGUGACUUCAGAGGAACGUUUAAUUCUCUGUCUGCUUUACAAAUGAGAUGUGUAACGGUGCAUCAUCUCAUCUGGAAAGCAAACGGCCUCUUGACCCAAACAUGGCUCGUUAAUUUCAUAAUUAAUUUCAUACACUUUCAUCUGCUUUGGAAGAAAUACCCUGCUUUUGUGAUUUGUUUUGUUUUUAUAUUAAAUUGUAUCCAUUAAUGUAUUCUGAUCUGUUUAAUUUGUGACAUUUAACAGACUUCACAUUUGUUUUAUUUCAACCUGUAAUUAAAUCUCACACUCAAA